AUGGCGAUGCUAACUUUCGGGCGUUUUAUCAGUCGUGCCUACGGCCCUCACACGCGUGGGGGUCCAACGCUUCUUUCCUUCCAAGAGAAACUGGAGCUCGUGGAGGAGCGCGCCUCUCAUUCCCGGAGCAAAUCCUUGCCGUCGCGUGCUGACAAGACCAUGGCUGCUAACGCCUCAGACAAUGCGCAGUCAGACGCUGUGCCCGACUCAGAUGGACUCAAUGUCCCCACGGAUGGUUCCGUCUCACCGACCUCGACGCCAGGCAAACUGUCGAGGAAUCCGUCCUUCUCGAAUAGCAGCUCCUAUCAAGAGGACUGGGAAAUUCCUCCGCUUGAUAGACUGACCUUUUUCGACCUGUUCGACAACUUGGCCAUCUCGCAGAAGCUCGAAAAAUGGCAGCAGACACUGAACGCUCAGCGGCAAAAAGUGCGGAGACAGCGCGAGAAGUUAAAAUCCACUUCGUUGCAGGCCAAGGAGCGGGUUGUUGGAGAGUUCAAGAAGCGUGUCCCCACGGCUGAGGAGCAGCUGGAAAAAUAUCGGCGUCGCAUGAAAGAGUCGGUUGAGAGGCUGGGGAAACAAUGGAACGCAACAGCUACAGUGACCAUCCGUGAGAAGAUCGCGUUCAUUGCGGGUGUCCUCAACGUUUUCAUCAGCGGGUAUCUGAUCGGCGCUUAUCCGGAAUACUUCUACUAUUGGUACACUGGCCAGCUGCUAUACUUUAUGCCAAUUCGAGUCUACACCUAUAUCAAGAAGGGCUGGCACUAUUUCCUCGCCGAUCUUUGCUAUUUCGUGAAUUUCUUGACCAUCCUCAGUAUCUGGGUGUUUCCCCGUUCGAAGAGGCUGUUGAUCAGCGCGUACUGCCUCGCAUACGGGAACAACGCUGUUGCCAUUGCCAUGUGGAGGAAUUCCAUGGUGUUCCAUAGCAUGGAAAAGGUGGUCAGCGUAUUUAUCCAUAUUAUGCCGCCGGUGGCGUUCCAUUGUCUCAUUCAUUUGACCCCGCCCGAGAUCCUCAAAGUGAGAUUCCCCGCCAUCUACAGCGUCAAGUUCAGCGCACCUGGCUCGCCAGAGCACUAUUCACUGUCGGCGAUGAUGCUUUGGGCCUCGAUCCCCUAUGCUAUUUGGCAAUUUUCUUAUUAUAUCUUCAUCAGUGUCCGUCGCCGUGACAAAAUCGCCGCUGGCCGUGUUACGAGCUUCACGUGGCUUCGGAGAUCCUAUUCCAAGACCUGGAUUGGCAAGUUCGUUCUCAGCUUGCCUGAAAAUUUGCAGGAACCGGCUUUCAUGAUGAUCCAGUAUAUCUAUGCGCUGUUGACCAUGGUUCCAUGCCCCAUCUGGCUUUGGUAUCGAUGGGGUAGCGGAGCUUUCCUGACGGUUGUGUUCAGCUGGAGUAUAUAUAAUGGUGCCACCUACUACAUCGAUGUGUUUGGAAAGCGGUUCCAGAAAGAGCUCGAGCAACUGAAGCAGGAUGUUGCCAAGUGGCAAUCUUCGCCGGACAGUUUUACGAGUCCCAUUCUCGCCCCUGACCCUGCGACUGCGGGCGCACGAUUGAUGGAUGAAACGGAAACCUCGCCUGUGGAAGAGUCAGGCAAAACCAGCAUCGACCGCAUUCCGCCUUUGGAUGCUUUGUCCGACUCGACUGGUGUGGAGCGUCGUGCACCAGACGCCGCUUCUGCGUUACGCGACAGGACCACAUGA